GUAUAAGUAUGGCGGUUAUCCUGUCUCUAAAUGCGUUAGUAUCUCUGGUGUUUGUGACGUCAUCAGGAAGGCGAUCCCAGUGGCUUAUGGCCUGCGGCACAGGAGACAUGUUAAGUGCUUUAGUGUGACCAAAAAUGCGCCGAAAGCUACUGCGAUUGUGAAGAUGAUGUGGUAUACGGCAUGGCUGAGACAAGAGCAGCGUGUUUUUAUGAGGACUGAACACCAUUUUAUGAAAUAAACAAAGCAAUGCAACCGUUCGACGUGAUUCUAAAGAUGGAAGUGAUAGCGUCAUAUUGAUGUUAGUCACGCUGGAAUGUCGGCUGUAAUCGCGAGCGAUGAAGCUCGCAGCACAGUUUUGAACGGAUUCGAGGGACUGUGUUAAGUAUGCUUGGUAUGGUGACCAGAUGGGCGAUGCAAAUUCAAGUUUUGGGUGAACAAAGGUUAAGUAGGCUAGUUUUAUGGUAUCAGGUGGCGCACCAUUAAUAUUACGUUUUAGAUAUCCGAGAGUACGUGAAGCCUUAGCUACGAUUUUACUCAUGUGUGUCUUCCAAGAAAGGUUAGGAGUAAAGUGGAUACCGAGGUACUUGUAUGAAGAUGUCGCUGAGACUGGGUGAUUGUUAAAUGACGUUAAGAGACGUCAAGAUGACGCCAAAAGCGGACGUUCUUUCUUCAGCUGUCGGUUGAUGGCGCUGUAGACAGCCGCCGCAGAGCCCAGGCCACGCGCUCGCGUGUUGCAUUUUAUACAGGACGACAGUGUGUGCACAUGCUUUACGAAGGCGCGCGUUGGUGACACGGCAGUUGGCGGGAGUUUUAAAUGCAGCCACUGGAAGAGGCCGCGACGGCGGCGCUUCAGGGAGAUAGAUGGAAAGACGGUAAAGAGAAAAGAUUGGCAGGCGAAGGAAAGAAUGCGCGAGCCGUCUGCUCUGGCGCUACGAGCAGCCGACGCGAGCGGCGGGGGGGAGGGGCAGAGGAGGGAGGGAGAGAGAGGCAGCGAGCGGCAUUUCGCGUUCGCGUCGCUCUUCGCUUCUCCUGCGCUGCGCGCUUAUAAAGUCGCGCCCGGCGCCGAGUCCGCGGGUUCGAACCGCCGAGAAGACGUCGUCGUCGUCGAGCGCUCGGUGGCGGACGAGAGGGAGUGGUGACGAGCAGACGUGCGCACGCCGUCGGGUCGGGCGGGUGGGCUCCGCGAAAAACAGAAACAAAGGAAACGGAAAGAGAAGAAAAGCCGUUUAACCUUUUCGUCAAUUGCGGCGCUUCGGGGAGCACACACUAGCCAGACGCGAUGGCGGAGAAGUCGCGCUUCCAAGUGGCCAAGGUGGACUACGUGAACGAGGCGAUGGCGCCGGACGAAGACGACGAGGAGGACGUGCCCGGGACGCCCACGGCCGUGGCCGCCGCAUCCAUGGGGGGUCCCCAGUGCGUGGUGACCAGCGCGUCGACGUCGCCCACCGAGCUGGCUAACUACGGCACCGUGUACGACACCGUGAACGUGAAGAGUCUGCUCCACUACACUCAGGAGGCGCUUCCGCGCGUCGACCACUACCGGAACGUGAUGUCGGUGCACGGACACAUCAGUCGGCCGACGCUCGACGAGCUGCACUGCAGCGGGCGCGGAUCCAUCCCGGGACUCACGCAGUCGAAGUCCUUCAGCGAGAAAAUUCGGGGUCAGAUCAACUCAUCGACUGCGGUCAAGUUCGGCUGGAUACAAGGAGUGCUGGUCCGAUGCCUUCUCAACAUAUGGGGUGUGAUGCUGUUUCUUCGGCUGUCCUGGGUCGUAGGACAAGCUGGAAUUGGUCUUGCCAUUGCCAUCAUCCUACUAGCAUCAGCAGUCACCAUGCUGACAACGCUUUCCAUGUCGGCAAUUUGCACAAAUGGAGAAGUAAGAGGAGGUGGGACGUACUACAUGAUAUCACGGAGUCUUGGGCCGGAGUUUGGCGGUGCCAUCGGGUUGAUUUUCUCAUUAGCAAAUGCUGUGGCCGUUGCCAUGUACGUCGUCGGUUUCGCAGAAACCGUGCAAGCCGUAUUGAAGAGGCAAGACCAGCUGAUUGUGGACGGUGACAUGAACGACAUCCGCAUCAUCAGCUGCGCCACGGUGGUCGUGCUUCUCUGCAUCGCGCUCAUCGGCACCGAGUGGGAGUCCAAGGCGCAAAUCGUGCUGCUCGUGAUCCUGUUGGCAGCCAUGGUUGACUUCGUUGUCGGAUCCUUCUUCGCGCCCACCACAGACCUCUUGGCCAAGGGCUUCGUUGGUUACUCCGGCACUCUAUUCAUGGAGAAUUUAAAGCCGGGCUUCAGGGACGGCGAAACUUUCUUCGACGUCUUUUCUAUUUUCUUUCCGGCGGCCACGGGUAUCUUGGCAGGUGCCAACAUCUCCGGCGAUCUAAGGGACCCUCAGAAGGCGAUCCCCCGCGGCACCCUGCUAGCCAUCUUCAUCACGACCGUGUCGUACAUCGCCUUCGCCGUCAUAGCCGGCACCACAGUCCUACGUGACGCCAAUGGCUUCCCUUUCAACCUGACCGAAGCCGGAGUCAACUUCGCCGACAUCUCCAACUGCACCAUGUCCGAGGCUGACAAGUGCGAGUACGGACUCAUGAACUACUUUCAGGUCAUGGAAAUGGUGUCCGCGUAUGGCCCUCUGGUCAUCGCCGGCGUCUUCGCUGCCACGCUGUCCUCGGCGUUGGCCAGCCUGGUCAGCGCCCCCAAGGUCUUCCAGGCUUUGUGCAACGACAAGCUCUUCCCGUACAUCCACUGGUUCGGCAAGGGCUUCGGAAAGAACAACGAACCUCGGCGAGGCUACCUGCUCGCCUUCGGCAUUUCCCUCGCGUGCUGUGCCAUCGGCGAGCUGAACGCCAUCGCGCCCAUCAUAUCCAACUUCUUCCUCGCGGCCUACUGUCUCAUCAACUUCUCCUGCUUCCACGCUUCGUUCACCAGGAUGCCUGGUUUCCGGCCUGCGUUCCGCUACUACAACCUGUGGGUGAGCCUGGUGGGUGCCAUUCUCUGCCUGAGCGUCAUGUUCAUCACCAAUUGGCCCACGGCACUCGGCACAUUCGCCAUCAUCCUCGGGCUCUAUAUCUUCAUCUACAACAGAAAGCCUGAUGUCAACUGGGGUUCGUCGACUCAAGCGCAGACGUACUUGGAUGCGCUCAACAGCGUCGUGAAACUCAACCACGUCCGCGACCACAUCAAGAAUUACAGGCCUCAGAUCCUGGUGCUUACUGGAAACCCCGCUGACCGCCUGCCUCUCGUCGACUUCGCCUACUUGCUCACAAAGAAGCUUUCCCUCAUGGUAUGCGGAGACAUCCGCAAGCCUCCGGUGUCCUACAGAUCUCGCAACGCCCUAACGUCCAAGGCGUACAACUGCUUCGAGCAGCGCAAGGUCAAGGCCUUCUACAGUGUGGUCGUGGACAACAGCUUUUCCAAGGGCGUCCUCUCGCUGAUACAGCUCGUUGGCGUUGGCAAGCUUCGACCCAAUGUUGUCCUCAUGGGCUUCAAGGCUGACUGGCAGACGUGCCCGAAGCAGGAGCUCCAGGAGUACUUCGACGCCAUUCACCACUCCUUCGACUCGCACAUGUCAUUGUGCAUCCUGCGCCUCGCCGAGGGCAUCGACUUUUCCAAGUACUCGGCGGAGGAAAUGGCCGCCGGCGCGACCGCGAGCUCGGACGCUGCGUCCGCAGUGCCCGCGGGCACCGAGGGCAGCCUGAACCGGGACGCCUCCUCGAUCGACACCCUUCCCAGGCACGGCUCCAACUCGCAGCUCUCGCAAGCGGGUAGCUCGGGCGACGAAGACGAGUCCUCGACGGCGCCGCAGACUCCGACCGUGGAGAGGGCGAACAGGGACUCCGGCCUGGGCACGUACCGCAAGAACGCCUCCUCGCCGUCGGCCAGCCCCCGCGGCGGCGCCUCGUCCGGCGGAGGCGCCCCGGUCAUCGGCCACGAGAGCGUCACGGUGACGUUCCGGCGCGACUCGUCGGCACCCACGGUGCUGCAGCGCUGGACGCGGCGCACCUCGUCCCAGGCCUUCGAGCGGAGCGUGCCCAAGAACGUGCUGCACUCGGUGAACCAGUUCCAGCGCAAGCAGAAGAAAGGCUCCAUCGACGUCUGGUGGCUCUACGACGACGGAGGCUUGACGAUGCUUAUCCCGUACCUUUUGUCGACGAGGUCCCAGUUCUCAAGCUGUCACCUCAGGGUGUUCGCACUCGCCAACAAAAAGUACGAGCUGGACAAGGAACAGCGCAACAUGGCUGCCCUUUUGAGCAAGUUUCGCAUAGAGUACUCGGACGUGACCAUCAUUCCCGAUAUUGUGAAACCACCGCAGGCAUCAACCAAAGAAGAAUUCUUUAAAAUCCUGAACCCGUGGAGGCGAUCGUCGAAAGACGCCGAGUCCGAUCAGGCGUCAGCGCCGUUCGUGUCGGAAUCGGAGAUUCUAGCCUUUAAAGAAAAGACAAACCGAAAUUUGCGACUGCACGAGCUUCUGCGGCAAUACUCAACAAGUGCAUCGCUAAUAGUGAUGACCUUGCCCAUGCCUCGCAAGGGGACUUGCACUGCGCCCAUGUACAUGGCGUGGUUGGAAAUGCUCACGAAGGACAUGCCUCCGUUCCUGCUUGUACGGGGGAACCAGACCAGCGUGCUCACGUUCUACUCGUAGGGAAGAACACCGUUUCCAGAAAAUCCUGCAUAAAGAAGAAGAAAAAAAAAAGCAUCGCCCAUAUGGAGGAUGAAGAAGAGCCUUACGCCACAUACGGCGAGCCGUGGUGCACGGCCUGGUGCUGUGACGUCACGAAUCAGUCUCCCUCCACUUAUAUAUAGUUUUAUAUAUAGUUCAUCAUUUGGUUUUUC